AUGCCGUGCAAGAAUUGUUGCGGGUUGAAAAGUGUAGACAUCUACUCAGUUAGAAAAAUUGGGUUUAAUGCCGAGCAUCUCAGCGAGCGUGUGCUGUCGCCUAAGACCGGCUCGAAGGAAUGUCAGACAAAGAAAUAUCUUCGAUUCCUAUUUGAUAUGUUCUUUAACAGUAAUGUUUUGCGCUAA